CGCUUGGAAGCUUCAGACAGGAGCUGCUUGCAUCAUGACGGCUAGCUUAUCUGUUCGUUGCGCAAUGAUUAGUCAUCGAUCAAGCUUAGGUAGGGUAGGUAAUUUCCCGGUCUAUGUAUUCAUACCUAACCAUGCAAAAAUACAAAGGGCGAUAAAUAUUUGUUUCCGGGUUUGAUACCUCAUCCUACUAUCGUAGUCUUGGAUAGCGAACUAUGGUUUCUUAGUGAUCUUGGUUGUUGCACAAAGCCAAAAUGUACUUCGAAAGCUGGGUUCUGAGAACUACUGAAUAGCGUGGAGCCCCCGCAACGAGCACCCGGUUUGAUCUGUACACAUCUAACCACCUUAUAAUUAUCAAAGCUCCAGAAGACAUCAUUCAGAUGUUCAUAAUCUACGAUUUUAUGGUUAUUGAUACAAACAGCCUUGGUAGGUUUGCACGCGAAUCCCUAUCAUGAGACCCUCCGCGCGUGUGUAGAUCCCGUGCCACUCACGCAACCUCAUGUCUCAAAACCACACUCUAUUAUUGCUACUAUAUCCAGCCUUCGGACCCAAAAACAGGCCCAUAGAGACUGUCUCGGCAGCUCCUUUGUUUCAAACCAUAGUGAUGUCUUUCAAUGCGUUCUCAUGUAGUUGUCAUGCGGAUAUACGCACAGAGAUGCCAUCAUCGAUAUAUCCGCAUGCUUAGCAUAGGCCUUGCGUGGUAUAUAGAUAUCAAAACCCGAAGAUGGAGGGAGAGUUACAGAAACAAAACAUCAAUAUUGGACUCGAUAUAUUGCUCUUGGUGAUCAAGAAACAAGAGAUGAUGUAUAACAUGGAGCCUCGAUCUCUAAUUCCUUCAUGGUCCACUACUCCUUUACCAAACAUAACCCUAUCGGCCAGCGGUCUUCUCGUCCUCGCCGAUCUUCGUACUAUCUCCCGUCGCACUGCUCUCACCGGCGGCGCCUCAUGGAUCGACUCCCUAGUCCUCGCCCCCGGUUUGCAUUACCAACAAGCAUGCGAUGACCUGGAACGUGAAGCUCCCAUCGGCUUAAUAGCAUUGUCUUCUCAAACACUCGGCCAGAUACAAUAUGCCGUGAAGAAUACCAUGACGGCGAGUUAUCUCAAGAGCCUUGUCAAAGAUGGUGCUGAGAACAUUAUCACUCUGGACGUUGGACUAGAUACGCCAUGGGAUGUAGUCAAAAUCGUGGGCAAGGUCGUUAGAAGACACAGGAUAUCAGAUGAAGAAGACGACGAUGAGGAUCACGAAGACUGGGCUUCCCUCUCUGAUGUCGACUGGCUCAGUCACCUCCUCUACCUAAUCAGCCCCCUCAUAACAUCAACUUCCAUAGCCUUUAUGGUAAUCUUCGAAGACUGGUGGGGCCUCGCCAUUCUCCUCACCCUCGUCAGUUCUCGCAUCCUCAACAUCUGGGCCAUAAAGCAACGCACGACACACUCAGAACCGCCCCCCGAAAGUCUAACCAUGACAGAAUACACCGUCGAUCUUGGCGGAGGACACAGCGUGCGACUACGCGGCCCAGACGCGGACUUACAGGCUCUUGUUACUCAUGCUUGGCUACGUACACAGUCGAGUCUGGAGGGCUAUCUUGAGGCGGCGGCUAAGUUGAUGGUGUACAUGUCUGCCGCACUGGGAGGAAACAUGACACAGGCUGGAGCCAUUGUGCUCAUUGGACUAUUACUUGCCAGUGCCGCGCUAUUGGGACUGAGCAAUGCACAUGCGCGAGGGUUCCGUAUGCAUGGUCGCUAUGCAAUGCCCCGGCAAACGAAGAUGAAGGCUGUGGAAGUUCGCAGUAACAGUAGUACUUCGGCAGGAGAGGUGCAAACCGGAUUGGUUUAGGGGCUCGAGGUGAAACAUCGAGAGAUCGAGCCAUAAAAGGAAGGCUAUACUGAUAUGGAUAGGUGAACCAAAUGCUUUGUUGCCUGUUGUCCGUGAAUUCAUUAUAACUAUCUACCCUAACUGUUAUACAAUCUCCGACUCUUUCUCUUUCAUCAGGUAUACGGCCAUCGGCUCUUCUAACAUCACUUUGAUCCCUUCCAACCAGCCUAUCACUGGA